CUCUUCUCUGGCUGGCUAAAGACCACCAAGCUUGGACCUCAUGCUGUCAGGCUUGGUGCCAGGUCUUUGUAGCCUGCAGGUAACUGGGAGCAUAGAGCCCUGAGAAGCAGGCGAAGAGGUGCCCCCAGAAGCUGAUGCUUCUGCUUCUUCCAGGGGUGUCCAUGGAGUAUGCCCCCUGGACCUGGUUAAAGGAAGGGAGGGAAUCCCGGAAAUUGGUGCUGCUAGUCGUGUUUGUUGCCCUGCUGGUUGACAACAUGCUGCUGACAGUCGUGGUGCCAAUCAUUCCUUCCUUCCUGUUUACCACCUACAAAAAUCCGAGCCCCUCUGCUCUUCAGACCAAAGGGAUGAUGGGUCCUGCAGACUUCUUCUCAACAGCUCCUGAUUUCUCCGUGUUUUCUCAUGACAACACAACCGUGGCCACCUUGGACUUGACGUCUGACAGGAUUGGAGCAAAUGCAAAUGAGAGCCAAGAAAGGAACCUCGUACCUCAUCUUGUUGCGCCCUUUUUGCCGCUGAGUAACAAUUGUACAGAUGGGGUGGACUUUCUGUCCAAUGAGAACCUUCGUGUUGGGCUGCUCUUUGCCUCAAAAGCCUUGAUGCAGCUCUUAGCCAACCCAUUUGUGGGACCUUUAACCAACAGGAUAGGAUACCAUAUUCCCAUGUUUCUUGGAUUUGUCAUCAUGUUCCUCUCCACCCUCUUGUUUGCUUUCUCGAGUACCUACACCUUGCUGUUCAGCGCUCGAGCCCUCCAAGGUGUUGGCUCUGCCUGUUCAUCUGUUGCAGGUCUGGGGAUGCUGGCGAGUGUGUACACAGAUGACUAUGAGAGGGGAAAUGCCAUGGGAAUAGCCUUGGGGGGCCUCGCUUUGGGGGUGCUUGUCGGUGCUCCUUUUGGAAGUGUGAUGUAUGCUUUUGUUGGGAGGUCAUCUCCUUUUCUGAUCUUGGCAUUCUUGGCUCUGUUGGAUGGAGCUUUACAGCUUUGUAUCCUACAUCCUUCAAAGAUUUCACCUGAGAGUAUCAAAGGGACCCCACUGUUGACCUUGCUGUGGGACCCUUACAUUUUGAUUGCAGCAGGCUCAAUCUGCUUUGCUAACAUGGGAGUUGCGAUUCUAGAAGCCACUUUGCCCAUUUGGAUGAUGCAAACCAUGUGCUCCCCAGAGUGGCAACUGGGGAUAGCUUUUCUGCCUGCCAGCCUGUCUUACCUCAUUGGUACCAACCUGUUUGGGAUGCUUGCUAACAAAAUGGGACGGUGGCUCUGUUCACUGAUUGGGAUGGUGGUAGUGGGAAUCAGCCUCCUCUGUAUCCCUCUGGCUCAAAAUAUUUAUGGACUCAUCGGUCCCAACAGUGGGGUCGGCCUUGCCAUCGGUAUGGUGGAUUCCUCAAUGAUGCCAAUCAUGGGAUACUUGGUGGAUCUUCGCCACACCUCUGUCUAUGGCAGCGUCUACGCCAUUGCUGACGUGGCCUUCUGCAUGGGCUUUGCGAUUGGUCCCUCUACAGGGGGAGCUCUUGUACGAGCCAUUGGUUUUCCUUGGCUGAUGGUCAUCAUUGGCGGGAUCAACCUUGCAUAUGCCCCUCUCUGCUGGUUCCUGCGGAGCCCUCCAGCCAAAGAGGAAAAGAUUGCAAUCCUGAGCCAAGAAUACCCCAUGCAGACCAAAUGUUACACUGUCCAGAAGGCCCUCCAUGAGUUUCCACUCACAGAUAGCAGUGAUGAAGAAGUGGAGACUGAAGAAUAGAAGAACCCGAGAGUGACAAACAGAAGGAACGCUCAAGCAAAGGUUGCAUCUUCAAGCCUGGACAGCCCCUUCUCAUCUUCAAGUGCAGUCUUCUGAGGGGUUUCUCUUGGGGUGUACUACA